ACGUAUUGACUGCCCCUCAGUUUUCAUUCAGACCCCGCCAUCGCUAGGACGAACGCGAGCUCCCUCACGACCCUUGGUCACCCCACUAUUGCGAUCACGACAAAUUCACCUAGCAAAGCGUCAAACUCAUACCGUCGCAAACAUGCCGCGGCUGAACCUUGGGAACAUCAAUCCCCAUGUCGUCGAGGCCAAGUAUGCCGUGCGUGGCGAGUUGGCCGUCAAGUCUGAAGAAUAUCGUGCAAGACUUCGAAGAGGCGACACCGACCUGCCUUUCUCCGAGGUCAUCAGCGCCAACAUUGGUAACCCUCAGCAGCUCGACCAAAAGCCCAUCACCUUCUUCCGCCAGGUCCUAAGUCUUCUCGAAAACCCCCAGCUACUAGACAACGAGCAAGUCUUACUGGACCACCUGGGAUACAAGCCCGAUGUGUUGGAGCGUGCCAAGUUCCUCUUAAAGAACAUUGGUAGCGUUGGCGCCUACAGCGCAAGUGCAGGCGUUCCGGCUAUCAAAGAGAGCAUCGCUAAAUUCCUCGAGAAGCGAGACGGUUUCCCUGCUGACCCUGCUCGCAUCUAUUUGUCCGCCGGUGCCUCGUCAGGUGUGAACACCCUGCUUCACAUCCUCUGUGCCAAUCCCUCAUCCGGCAUCCUCGUUCCCAUUCCCCAGUACCCCUUGUACACUGCUUCACUCUCCGUUCUCAACGCCACCUGUGUGCCCUAUUACCUCGACGAAGCCGCUUCGUGGGGUACGUCGGUAGAGACGAUCAAGGAAGCCUACAAUGCAGCCAAGAACAACGGAACCGAUGUCCGUGCCAUCGUCAUCAUCAACCCCGGUAACCCGACAGGUGCCUCUCUCUCCGAGGCCGACAUCAAGUCGGUUCUGCAGUUCGCAGCCGAGGAGAAUCUAGUCGUCAUGGCCGAUGAAGUCUACCAGACCAAUGUCUUCAUCGGAAAGUUCCAUAGCUUCCGACAAGUGCUACUGACCAUGCAGAAGGAGAGCCCGGGCAAGUACGACGGCGUCGAGCUCGCGUCCCUGCACUCCAUCUCGAAGGGCAUGGUGGGCGAGUGCGGGCACCGCGGCGGCUACUUCGACCUCAUCGGCUUUAAGGCGGAGGUCGAGGAACAGAUCUACAAGUUCGUGUCCAUCAUGCUCUGCGCGCCCGUCAUCGGGCAGUGCCUCGUCGAGCUCAUGGUCAACCCGCCGCAGCCCGGCGACGCCUCGUACCCGCUCUACGAGCAGGAGUACAACGGCAUCUUCGAGGGCCUCAAGAAGCGCGCCACGGCCCUCUACGAGGCAUUCAAGGAGAUGGAGGGCGUUGAGUGCGGCGAGCCCCAGGGCAGCAUGUACCUGUUCCCGACCAUCCACGUCCCCGCCAAGGCCGCCGACGCCGCCCGCGCCGAGGGCCGCACCCCCGACGAGUUCUACUGCAUGCGCCUGCUCGAGGCCACGGGUGUUUGUGUUGUCCCAGGUAGCGGCUUCGGCCAGAAGGAGGGCACGCUGCACUUCCGCACGACGUUCCUUGCGCCCGGCACCGAGUGGGUUAGCUCGAUUAAGAAAUUCCACGAAGAGUUCAUGAACAAGUAUCGAUGAAAGAGUCUAGUCGCUAUUUAAUUGAAAAUCGGGAGUAAUAGCGAUCACAUUUCUCACUCGAUGUCGGCUUUAUUAGCCGGCUCUCCUUGGAUGAACGAAAUGAGGGAUGGGUGUGUUUAGAACCUUGGACCUUCUGGUAUAAGUCUCUCAGCCUGAUUUUCUAAUUCAAGAAGGAAAAAGAGGCGUUGCAGUAGAACGACGCAUCAUGCAUGCAUAGCAGGCUUAUCCUAGCGAUGCACGGGUGUAG